AUGGAGAAGAAAUCCUCGCUACGUUCGGUUGCGUUCACUGCUGUUGUCUUCUCGACGGUCGCUGUCACCGCAUGUAUCUUCACAUUUCCUAUGGUAUUUCACUAUGUGCAAACGCUACAAGCUACAGUACAGAAUAUAGCUGCUGAAGAACUCUCAAAUUCAGCUAUAGACAAUGUGAUGACCUAUCGAAAACUUCAGGGAGAGGUCGAGUAUUGCAAAACUCGAUCUCGUGACAUGUGGAGAGAAAUGGUUGACAUGGCACCAGAGGGAGAAGAUUCUUUGGACGUACUUAUGAGAGUAACUCGACAAGCUGAAGCUCAGUGCUGCACAUGUCAACAGGGACCACCGGGACCAGAUGGACCACCAGGAAUACCGGGCAAAGAUGGCGCACCUGGAGAUGGACCAGGAGCACCUGGACCACCAGGAAGAGAUGCAGAAAUUCACGAAAAAAUUUUACCAGUUCCACCACAGUGCCCAUGUCAAGCACCUGCAGGUCCACCAGGACCACCAGGACCACCAGGUUCCGAUGGACAGCCAGGAAACCCAGGGCCAAAUGGCGAAGAUGGAGCACCAGGACCACAAGGACCGCCAGGACCACCGGGACCUCCGGGUCAGCCAGGCCAACCAGGACAACGUGGGCCUCCAGGCGAGCCCGGACAAUUAGUUCCAGGUGAACGACCACCACCGGGACCACCAGGACCACAAGGAAGACCAGGCCCACCAGGUCAGCCAGGACGCCCUGGAACACCAGGAAAAGAUGGAGACAAUGGGCCACCAGGAAACCAGGGCGAACCCGGCCCACGAGGACCACCUGGGCCAAAUGGGCAAGCAGGCGAACCAGGCCAACCCGGUCAACCUGGUGCACCAGGAAGUUGCGACCAUUGCCCACCAGCUCGUCUCGCUCCUGGAUAUUAA